GGGACUUCCGGCGCCCCGUCGUGGCGGCCGUUUUGGCGGUUGUUCGGUUCGUUCACCGGGUCUGAGGUUACGGAGAGAGUCGAGACUGAGAAGGUUCGAGAGGAGACGCCGCCCGGGGGUCGCCGCUCCCGCGUCCCCCUCCUCCCCCGCCGCUCCCGCCCUCAGACCCCGAUGGCGGCGGCCGCGCUGAGGGACCCGCCGCAGGUGUCUGUGACUUUUGAAGACGUGGCCAUUUACUUCUCCCAGACGGAGUGGGGGCUCCUUGAUGAGGCUCAGAAGUUCCUGUACCGGGAUGUGAUGCUGGAGAACUUUGCACUUACAAGGUCCCUGGAUUGUUGGCGUGGAGCAGAGGAUGAGGUGGUACUGUCUGAGCAGAGUGUUUCUAUAAGUGAGUCACAGAUCAGGAUUUCUAAGCCGGUGCCUUUAAACCUGAAGACUUGCCCCUGUGAGAAGUGUGUCCCAGCCUUGAAAGACAUUUUGCAGCUGACUGAGCUCCAGGCAGCAUAUCCAGGGCAGAAAUCGUACUUUGAUGGGGGCUCCAGAGGCUUCUGGUUGAAUACAAAUCUUCAGCAGUACCAAGAGCAUGACAGCAGAGAGAAAAUCUUUGAAGUGGACAUGGACAAGGCCUCAUUUGUGACAAGCCUCACAUUCCAUGUGUCAGGGAAGCCCUUCCCCUGUGGGGAGGAUGGAAAGGACUUUCUAGCUACCUUGGGCCACCCUCAGCACCAGGCCACUCUCAGCGGUGAGAAGCCACACGGCAGCAUUGAGUGUGGGGAGCGCUUUCACAGUGGAAAAAGCCGUAAGAAGUUGGUUGAGUGCCAGAAAGUUUUUGGCAACACUGACACACUUCACCACCAGAGAGUCUGCCCUGGAGAAGGUCUGGAACGUAGCAAAUACAAAGACAGGUUUGUCAAGCACCAGCAAAUUCACACUGGAGAAAGGCCUUAUGAGUGUAGCGAAUGCAGGAAGUUCUUUAGCCGCAGGACCCACCUCAUUCGACACUGGAGAGUUCACACUGGAGCAAAGCCUUAUGAUUGCAGUGAAUGUGGGAGAUCUUUUAGCCAGAAAUCUGACCUCAUUCAACACCAGAGAGUUCACACUGGAGAAAGACCUUAUGAAUGCCGUGAAUGUGGGAAAUCCUUUAUCCAGAAAUCCAUCCUCAAGAAACACCAAAGAGUUCACACUAAUGAAAGGCCUUAUAAAUGCAGUGCAUGUGAGAAAUCGUUUAGCCAAAGUUCCGGCCUCCUUCGACACAAGAGAGCUCACACUAGAGCAAGGCCUUAUGAGUGCACUAAAUGUGGGAAAUCAUUUGGCUGUACAACCCACCUCAUUCGACACUGGAGAGUUCACACUGGAGUAAGGCCUUAUGAUUGCAUUGAAUGUGGAAAAUCUUUUAGCGAGAAAUCCGUCCUUAUUCAACACCAAAGAGUUCACACUGGAGAAAGGCCUUACAGAUGCAGGGAAUGUGGGAAGUCCUUUAGCCAGAAAUCUGUCCUUAUCCAACACCAUAGAGUUCACACUGGAGAGAGGCCUUAUGAGUGCAGUGAAUGUGGGAAAUCCUUUAGCCGCAAAACCCACCUCAUUCGACAUGAGACAGUGCACACUGGGGCAAGGCCUUACGAGUGCAAUGAAUGUGGGAAAUCCUUCACUCAGAGCUCUGGCCUCCUUCGGCACAGGAGAGCUCACAUGCAGUGAACGUGGGAAACCCUUCGGCUGCAGAUCUGAUGUCGGUCAGCACCACAGCGUUCACACUGGAGGGAGGCCUUGUAUGUGCAGGCAGUGUGCUCCUCCCUCAUUUAGUGUGAGUGUCGGAGGAAAGCCUCUGUGAGGAGCCAUCUCCCUGAAUUGAAUCUUGUGUCCGGAUAUCCACAGGCUGGAGAUGGAUUCGCCAUAAACUUGAGUGCUGUGGGAAGCAUGUAUAACCUGCCCAGGGUCCUUGCCAGGUAGAUCACUGCUGGUUCCUGUGGCAGAAGCCACUUCUCUAGCGUCUGGCAGGAUCACACAGUUGGCGUCCGUCACCACCCUCGUCGCUCAGUGCAGCUGGUCUGUGCUCUCCCAUCUGUUGGAAUAUGAGUAUCCUGAGCCCUUAGGGGUCUUCACUCCCUUCUCUCUGAGAAGUUAGCGUGUGGACCUGACCCUGUGUUGGCCCAGAGAAUGCAAUCUGAGUUCUGCUUGCAGAGCAGGACUUGCUAUCUCAGGGACGAGGUCUCAGGUGGCACUUGUGAUGGUUUUCCAGCUUCCAAGUAGCCUGCUGCACAUUUCUCUGGCUUGUGCAAUAAUAAAGGCCUUUCUGUUUAAGCACCUAAGUGUUAGAAAUUCUGUUCAUUGUGUGGAGUGGCUUGAAAGCACAAUAGGACUGUUAACUUGAGGAGUAAGCUUCACUUUUGGGGAGCCAAAGUUCGGGUGCCUCCAGGGGCAGUGUGAUGGCGGAUCAUGGCACUCUCAUUUUGGCCGAGUUUGCUUUGCUGGCAAGGCCUGCUAGGAAGGACUGCUUGUAGUCGUGAUUGCCUGGAUACCAGAGGUCUGUGGUUCAGAGGCAUCCUGAGGAAGGGGCGGCUGUGACAGUGCUUCUGAAGACAGUGUGGUUGUUUUUGUUUUCUCACAGAGGACAACACACAACGCCCAGCAUUACUGAGGGGAAUCGUAACCCCAGUUUCUCCAAAGGAGCCAUAGACCCUGAUACCCACAAUUCAGUGGGCUAGUGCCCGUAGUUGGAAGACUUCAGGGGCAGGGGAGACCACAGUGGGGCAUAAACACUGGUUAAUAGUGGAGGAGGCUGCAGCAAAAGACGUGGAAUGUACCUCUUCUAACGAUAAUAGGCACGCACGUCCUGCUGACAGUGACUGCAGGGUAAGUGUGUACGGAGGUGUCAGGACCUCCAGGUGUGCUUAUCUUGUGAAGUCAUCGGCAGACAAAGUAAGGGUUGUGUGGAUCCCUGCAGCCUUUCAGAGCCGUUCACCUCAAGGCCACUGCUAUGCAGGCAGCAGAAGGAUGGAGAGGUAACUGGUUUAGCGAGCAGUCUUCUUGACUCAGCUGGAAAUGGCCUUCAUUAUUUGCCAGUAUUUCCUGCCACCGAGGAGAGACUGUACCUCAAAGCACAAGGAGUGAGAUAGUGGAGUCAAUACGGAAUGAUUUUCUGAAAAGUGGGAUUUAGAUUUUUAUAAUGAACCAUGUUUUAAACCUGCAUUAAGUUACAGUGGGCGUAGAAUAAGUUGUAUACACUUCAAGUGUACGAUUUGAUAAGAUUUCACAUGUAUAUACUCGUGAUACCAUCAUCAUGGUAAGGAGUGUAUUUCCAAGCUGAUAUGAACAUUAGUUUUCAAUUACUUACAUGAAUAUGGUUCAUUUUUUUUCUAUCGAUAACUCAGAAUACAGUGCCUGAGUCUGUGGGUGGAUAUUUAACUUUUUAGGAAGUUACCAAACUGAUCUAAAAUGGUUGUGUUUCUUGUUUGUUUGUUUUUUGCAUUCCCACCAGCAGAGUGUGAGAAUUCUAGUUCCUUCACACCCUUGUUAAUAUCUGCUAAGGUCACUUUUUUUGCAGGGCAAAAGGUGUUAGGUUUGUUUGUUUAUCUUAUUUUAUUUAUUUUUAAUGGAGGUACUUGAGAUCAAACUCAGGAUUUCAUGCACACUAAGCACAUAACAUUACCACUGAGCUACACCUCCCACCCCCCAUAAGGUCACUUUUGAAUUUUACCCUUUCAAAAUAAGUGUGUGUUGGUCAUUUAUGGUUUUAACUGCGUUUCCCUAAGGAUUUGCUGAGCAUUAUGUCAUGUGUUUGCUGCUCACAUAACUUCUUUAGUAGGAUACUUCUUGUAUUUGGCCUGUUUUGUAUUUUGUGAGUUUGGCUGUUUGCCUUUUAGUUACAGUAAGAAACAAGAAAGACAUGUUGGAAUUUUACUUAUUCUUCAAUGGUGUGAGUGACUUCUUUGCUGCAUGGAAUAAUUGUUUUUGUAUACUGGAAGAAUAUCCGUCAUUUUUUCCUCUUUAUUUUUGGUGGCGUGCACAGUGUAAUGGACACAUAUACCAAACACAUUAUUAACAUUCUCCAUCACGUUUCUAAGUGUGGACAUCUGAUACAUUGCAUUUAACAAUAGUGUAAAUCAAGCCCUGGUUUGUGAUGUUUGGCAGUUUCUUUGGUGUCAGUACUCUACCAUGACCCAUUUCAGACUCCCAACGUGUCAGUGCGCAGAGCUGGGAAGAGCGGCAGUAGCACAUCACUGUGUUUCCCUCACGCGGAGAGAGCAGCCACACUCCUGAGAACAGAUUGUGAAACAGAGAGGAAUGAAUAGAGAGUGACGAUGUUUGAGUGUUUGUGACUUAGAAGAGUUUAACUGAAAUAUAACUGACUUUAUGUACAUAUUUCAAACAUCAGAAAUUUUGAUGUUUUGAUGCAUAAACGUUUCCUUGUGCCAUUUUAAUUUUUUUUGAUUGGUUAUUCCUUGCACCCUUUUAAAUUUUGUGGGGAGAAUAAUUAGGUUGGUUUGUUUACUUAUUGGAGGUACUGGGGAUUGAACCCAGGACCUUGUGCAUGCUAGGCACACACUCUACAACUAAGCUGUACCCUCCCCUACUCAAUGUUAAAUUCAUCCUUUCGACAUACAAGAUUUCUGAUAUAGGAUAUAUUCUACCAUUUGUAAUGGCUAUUUUCAAAUAUAUACAAAAGUGGAAAAGACUAUCUUCUGGGUCCCCCAUCUUCCAUCAUUAUUUAUAAUUGUUCUUGUUUCAUCUCUCAUGCACAUUAGUGGGUUGUGUUACUUAUAAACUCAGAUGUCAUGUUGUUUAAUGCAUAGCUUCUUGAAAAUGUUUUUCUAAAAUGCAAGAGUUUUUUGAUAGUGACAAUAACUUUUUCACAGAAAAUAAAAAUAUUUUAAAAUGUGAUAAAUAUUUUAUCCAUGCUGAAUUUUGUGAGUUUUCUCAAAAGUGUGUUUGUUCUUGAAGACAGACUACAGACAUACCUUGUUUUACUGUGCUUCACAGAUACUGUGUUUUUUUGUUAUAAAUUGAAGGUUUGUGGGAACCCUGCAUUGAGCAAGUUUCUCGGCACCAUUUUUCCAACAGGAUUUGCUCACUUUGUGUCUCUCACAUUUUGGUAAUCCUCACAGUGUUUCAGACUUUUUCAUUAUAAUAUUUGUGAUGGUGAUCCGUGGUCAGCGAUCUUUGAUGUCACUGUUGCAGUUGUUUUGGAGUGCCACGAACCGCACCCAUAAAAGGUGGUGAACUUUAUCGAGAAAUGUGUGUGUUCUGACUGCUCCACUGACUGGCUGUUACCCUGUCUUUCUCCCUCUCCUCGGGCCUCUCUUCCCUGAGACACAAAAGUAUUGAAAUUAGAUCAAUUAAUAAGCCUACAGUAACCUCCAGUGUUUAAGUGACAGGAAGAGCCAUAGCAUGUCUCUCACUUUAAAUCAAAAGCUAGAUAUGAUUAAGCUUAAUGAGGAAGGCAUGUCAGAAGCCAAGACAGGCCAAAAGCUAGGCCUCUUGUGCCAAGCAGCCAAGUCAAGAAUGCAAAGAAAAAGUUCUUGAAGGAAAUUUAAAAUGCUACUGCAGUGAACACAUGAAUGAUAAGAUAGUGAAACAGCCUUAGUGCUGAUUUGGAGAAAGCUGCAGUGGUCUGGAUAGAAGAUCCAGCCUGCCACAGCAGCCCCUUAAGCCAAAGCUGAAUCCAGAGUAAGGUCCUGACUCUCUUCGAUUCUGUGAAGGCUGAGAGAGGUGAGGAAGCUACAGAAGGAAAACUUGAAGCCGGCAGAGGUUCGUUCGUGCCGUGUAAGGAAGGAGGUGGUUUCCAUGACAUGGAAGUGCAGGUGAAGCCGCAAGUGCUGAUGCAGAAGCUGCAGGAAGUUCUCCAGGAGAUCCAGCCAAGACGCCCCGUGAAGGUGCUGCACUGAACAAGAGAUUUUCAGUGUAGAUGAAACAGCCUUCUGUUGAAAGAAGAUGCCAUCUAGGACUUUCAUGCCUAAAGAGGAGACGUCAACACCUGACUUCAAAACUUUGAAGGACAGGCUGACUGAGGGGCUGAUGCAGCUGGUGACUUUCAGUUGGAGCCAGUGUUCAUUUACCCUCUGAAAAUCCUAGGGCCCUAAGAGCUAUUGUAAAUCUCCUCUGCUGUGCCCUAGAAAUGGACCACCAACGCCCGGAUGACAGCACAGCUGGUUACAACAUGGUUUACUGAAUAUUUCAAGCCCACUGUUGAGACCUACUGCUUCAGAGAAAAAGAUUUCUUUCAAAAUGUUGACAAUGCAGUUGUUUACCCGAGAACUCUGAAUGAAAUAUCCAAUGAAAUUAAUGUUCUUAUGCCUGUUCACACAGGAUUUUUUCUGCUGCCUGUGGAUCAAGUAGCAUUUUGACUUUCAAGUCUUAACAUUUAAGAAAUACAUUUUGUAAAGCUAAAGCUUCCAUAGAUAGUGAUUCCUCUGCUGGAUCUCAGCAAAGUCAACUGCAAACCUUCUGGAAAGAACUCAGCAUUCUAGGUGCCAUUGAGAACAUUGUGAUUCAUGGGGGGAGGUCAAAAUGUCAACACUAACAGCACUUUGGAAAAAGUUGAUUCCAACCCUGAUGGAUGACUUUGAGGGGUUCAAGAUCUCAGUGGAAGAAGUAAUUGCAGAUGUAGUAGAAAUAGCAAGAGAAUUAGAAGGGGAGCCCAAAGAUGACUGAAUUCCUGCAAUCUCGUGAUAACAUUUUCAUGGGUAAGGAGUUGCUUCUUAUGGAUGAGCAAGGAAAGUGGUUUCUUGAGGUGGAAUCUUCUGGUGAAGAUGCCAUGAAGAUUGCUGAAAUGACAAGAGAUUUAGAAUGUUACCUAAACUUAGUUGACAGCGCAACAACAGGAUUUGAGAGGAUUGACUCCAAUUUUGAAGGCAGUUCUCCUGUGCAUAAAGUGCUGUUAAGCAGCAUUGCACGCUACAGCAAAAUCAUUUCUGAAAAGAAGAGUCAAUGAAUGAGGCAAACUUCACUGUUGUCUUAAGUUGCCCCAGCCACUCCAGCCUUCAGCAAACACCACACUGAUCAGCCAGCAGCCAUCAACAUCCAGGCAAGACCCACCACCAGCAAAAAGAUUACAGCUUGCUGAAGGCGCAGAUGAUGGUUAAUAUUUUUUAGCUGCUUGUAUUUUUUAAUGAGGGUUUUAAAAAAAGAUAUGUGUCAUAUGCGUAAUAAACUACAGUAUAGUGUAAACAACAUGUACACUGGGGAACCAAAAAAGUUUGUGUGACUCACUUUAUUGCAUUAUUUGCUUUAUUGCGGUGGUCUGGAACCAAGGCUGCAAUGGUAUGUC